CCCUGUUUGAGAACCAAGACAAUUUGAAACAUCGCUGAUCAACAACAGAUCAUGGAACCCAAUCAAGUCAAAGAAAUAGAGAAAGCCGUUUUGAAAUUCAGUAACGGCUCGACGCUUGUGGAAGGACUUCAAGGAUCGGUUGAGGUGGCUAUUUUGCCAAAUGGGAUUUCAAGUGUUCCUUUAGUUGUUGUGAAGUAUAAUACACACUUGUUGAUGUACCGUUCGGCCGAAGAUGGGAAAAGAUGGUCUUUGAUGGAUAAGAAAUUGAACGUGUUUGAUGCAAAGCUUGGACAUAAGAAGUGGUAUUUACCGAAACAAGGAUCUAUCGUCGCUAUAAAUGGAACAAGAUUCGAUACUUAUCGAUUGGACAGUACUGGAAAGAAAUUCGACCAACUGAAACAUGAAGACAAAUAUGGUGGAUUUUUUUUGGGAAACUUCCUUAUUGGCUCAGAUUUGGAUGCGCUGGUUCAAAAUGGUAAUGAGUGGAAUCUCAUGUCGUACAAGAAUUAUACGUGGAAGCAAGUGGACGUUGACAUUCCUUUCAAAAAUCAAACAAAAUGUGUGAUUCAAGUGAUUAACGAUUUUAACGCGGACAAAGAUGUGGUUCUGUUUGAAACGGAAAACCAUUUUGGUAUUUAUAAAGUUAACGAAGCGAAUCAAAUGGAAUGUAUCGCAAGAUGUGAACAAAUUAAGUUUUCGAGGGAUGCCAAGUAUAACAAAAUUGCGUUUGCGAAUUUCUCGGAUGUUACUGAAUUCAAAGACAUGCUACAUUUCAACACUACUGGAUUGAAUGUUUAUCGUUUCAACGACACUACCAAAACAUACGAACCUCAUUAUUACAGCAGUCUAUUUUCUAAGUUUCGAAAUUGGAAUGCCGAUCAUGUGAAUUCGUUGAUAGUGAAUGACGUGGAUAACAAUGGACGCGACGAACUUAUGUUCACUGCACCAGCUGGAUUUCAGGUGUUCAGAGCAGUUACUGACGACGAUGAUUUUUAUUUAGAAGAUGUAAUUCUGAAAAGUGUCAAUGAUAAACAUCGAUUUAUGAACUUGAAAGCUAUUCUAUCGAGUUGUGAUAAUGGAAAACAAUGUGCUAUAUUCCAAGGUGAUGGCAAUCUAUUGUCUAUGAACAUUGAAAGUAGUAAUAUGGCGUAUACCCUUCCACUGGAUAUUCAACGCAGGAACAUCGGACCGCCGGAAAUCAAGUUGAUAACACCUGCAGCGAAAUUCUCCCGCUGGUUGCAUGAGCAAUUAGAUCUGUCAGAAUUGCUACAACCGUUGAAUUCUCUAACCGGUAGGGUGGAACUUUCGAUACCGCUGGUACAACUAGACAAUCCCUUUGGGAUUAGUGUGAGAAAAAGUUUUCAAUAUAAAGAUGUCCCUGGCGAUAACUGUCUGGCACGCGGAUGGUCACUUCCCUUGGACUAUAUCGUGGUGGAUCCACAUGGAAGUAUUUUCGAGCAAGAUUUCCGCUAUGCCAUCGUGAGAAAUAAUUUACAAAUCAACCUGGUGCCAAACUUUGACAAAUCCACCGAUGAGGUCCCUUGCUUCGAAAUUCAACAAGGGAUGAUAUUGAAGUACUUCAAAAAGGAACAAAAAUGGGAAAUGGAAGACAAGGAGGAAUUGAUGACAUAUAUUUUUGGAAACCAUGGUUCCUUGAAGGGGUUGAGGUAUUCACAGGAAGAUAAAAACAAAACAUUUCCGAUUGCAUGGUACUUAGUUUCUGAAAAGGAUACAACGGGCAGCUUUGUUAAUUAUGAGUACGAUCUCAAAGAAGACAGCCCAAGACUUCGAAAGGUUUCGACAGAUCAGCGAUCGUUGGUGACAUUUCACUAUGAAAAGCAGAAAAUGCACAAAUUUACAGUUGAGACACAAUUCUACAACCAAAGUAUUUUCUUAAUAUACAAUGAAGAUAAGUUGACCGAAAUUAAACAGGACGGUUAUCUAUUGUUUGAAUUUGGAUAUGAAUCAGAGAAUAUGGUGAAAAUUGUGUAUCCAAAUGGAUUAACAUCUACUUUUGCUUAUAAAACGAUAACUUAUGCAAACAAGCAACCCAAUGAGCUUAAGUUACUUAGUGAGAACUUCUCGAUACAUUACGGGCCGGACUAUAGCGUUAUUGUAAUGGCCGCAUCUAACAACUCGUACGUCCAGCUUAACGUACGUGACGUACUCGGAGGAACCAACAGUCUGAAAACGUUCAAUACUACGUUGUCUAUCCAAGAAGUACCAUUUGUGGCAUACCAAGUCAUGACUCUGGAGAAUCUAAUUGGGAUAGUUAGAACGUACCAAAAAGAAAAGAUUUUAAAUGUUUUCCAAUACAUUAAAUAUGCAUGGAAGAAUGUGCAAACACUAUUUUUGUCAUCUGAAGCGAUAGCAACCAGCAAUGUUAAAUCAAUCUAUAUAGCUGAGCCUAAAAUAUUGCAAUAUAUUUCGAUUGAUGCCAACGAAACCUUAGUGACCCACGUUCAAAAUAUUACCAAGAACUUCGUAAUGCGAGCAACACAUCGGGGAUUACUGACUUAUGAUGACGAAAAGUUUGGUCUUCGCUAUAGUCCAGAAAAACAGUACCUGAAAGGAAAGUUCAACUUCUACGAUAAAAACUCAAUUACAGAAACGCUGAAAACGGUGAAUCGGUUCAAGUUGAAUGAAGAUAUAAAAACUAAUCUGAUACAAGCCCUGAAGCUGGAUAUGAUUCAAAUAUACAAAAAUUUCAUCAUACUGAGAGCGGUGGAAAUCAGAGAUGGAAUCAUGAAAAUUCGUAUGAGGCUAAAAAUACUCAAAGGCUCUAACGAAAUAAUCGAUAGUGAUUAUUGGAGAUUCGAGCUUGACCGCGUUGAAGCUAUGAAACUGAACGUAAAUUCUAGGAACGGUGAUGAUUGCAAACUUGGAUAUAUGUGGUAUUCUGAUAAAUACGCUAUCACUAUCGAUUGUACAGGUUCCACGGUUGAACAAUUUGAAGAUAUCUUUAAGGCUGAAAUGGAACCAUCCGAAUCGAUGACAGUUGACAAAAUAAUGAGCGCAAUACAUACAUUCAGCAGGAAUAUGGCUUCACUAGAGAAAGAAGUUUCAGAGGAUAAUCCUUUUGCUUUCGACGUUUUACUAUUGGGUAUUUCUGCUGAUGAUGACGGCAUUCAAACCGGUGGAAAAAUAGUUUCUCACAAUGGAACUAAAUGGAGCCAGCAUAAUCAGGAUGCGACGGUUGAUCUGGUUCUGCGAGACAAAUUAAAACUUGUGAAAAAGGGAGAUGCUGAUACAUACAAGAUUAUGAAUGAUACCACUGUAAUUUAUGACUCGGAAACCAAUGAUUCGAGGUCGGUGAAAUUGAUAUGGCCUCACUAUUUCGUUUCACAGUCCAAGGACGGUCCAUCAUUAUAUCUAUUCAAUGAGAAAAAAGUGAAGAAAUUAACUUCCGCUGAAAAACUGAGUCUUCUAAGUAACAAUCUGGUGAUAGUUACAACAGCUGACAAUAACACCAAACUUAUGCUACUACCUGUAAGGUCAUUAGAAGAAUCGAAAAUCGAUGUCUUAGCAAUGCAAACCUUGAACCUGUGUCCAAACGUGUCACGUGUUACCUCCUACGAUAACGGAGGAUUAGAACUCGAUGGCUUGUCGAACGAAUAUAUCUUUACCAGUAGCAAAAUUCUUCCAGGAGCGAACCAAACCAAAUACGGCUGGUAUGAGCAUAGCUACGAUCUAAAAACCGGUGAAAUGAGGCGGAGUGUUAGAAAUAGUAAGGGCGAUUGGAUAAAAAAUAUCGAACCGGAAGUCGAGAACGAACACGAGAAACCCAACUCUAGUGCAGUCAUUACAGAUAAGGCAGGGCGUUUGGUUGUAGUGGACGUAAGUCCUCUGGAUGUAGAGGAUGGCGAGUACUCGUACUACGGAUUUGAGCUGUAUGAAAGAACUUUAUUCAACAAAACGAAUCGAUGGACAUUCGAUGUUAAGAAUUUGGAAACGAUAGAAGGAAAACGCUACCUCGAACUGACAGAUGGGAAAUCUUUCGAAGGGCUCCUCAACAUGAAAAGAGCGAAUGAAACAUACAUAUUCGCAUGUUGGUUGAGAACAGAUACAAUACGGAAGGUUGGGGACAAAGUUAGCAAUGUAAAAAUCAAACCUGAAUAUGAUGAUCAGGUUGUUACUGUUGGUGAAUGCAAAGUAAAACACACUAUAGCUGCUCGCUGGUAUUAUGUUGAAAUGAAUAUAACUGCAUCGAUUCCUGCAACUGUAAUUGUUGAGGUAAAACCUGAAACAGGGAAACGUUUGAGCGUCGAUCAUGUUCGGUUCUCCCCAAUAAAUGUUAACUUUCGAGCUUACAUGUAUCGUCAACCAUUCUGGGGAGUCAGUAAUGUGAUGUACAAUAACGGAUUGAUGACCCAAUAUCUGUUGGAUUCCCAUGGAAAUCGGGUGGUAUAUGUUUCGGAAUUGGGAGAGGUAACUGAUUUUAUAACGUACUCCAAGUCGUACUUUAUUAGAAAUUCGAAUAAAUUUCCACAUGUCAUGGAGGUGAGACCAAAGAUUGGAGAAAUCGAGUGUUUUAAUAAUUUAUCAAGAUGGAUUCAAUACAACCAGGAUCAAUGGAUAAUACAGAGCGGUACUUUGACUCAUAAACCAGAUUCGACAGAUACUAUUGAGAGAAAAGUAUCCACAAGUUGUGAUUCUUUUGUUGUCAGAUUCGUAUACAACCUUUAUUCUAACGAUGCUGUUGUAAGUCUCUCAUUUGGUGACACGUCUAUUGAUGUUCUCUGCAAAUCCUACAAGUUAUGCGAUACCGUACCUAGUUAUGGUGAAAUAGUUGUGUUUAUAUCGAAAUCGCACUACGCCUUAUGGUUCGAAGGCACCCUCGUUUCUGAACAAUCUCAUAGCUUGCCAAAUAUUGAAAAAUUCCGCCUAACUAUAGGCGGUUUAGUAGUGAUCAGUGAAAUGCUAGUACUGUAUGAUCCUUCAGUGAAGAUCACAUACUACAAUCGAUUGGGAUUACCAAAACAAACACUCAUCAUGGAAGAUCAACGCUCUGUAAGGAUGAAGGAAGUUGUGUACGAUGAAAUCGAUCGAUCAGUCAUCACAACGAAAUGGACCACCGUGAGCAAGGAAGGAAACGUCUUUUUUGGUUUCCACGAGAAUUUCAUCAAACCUGUGCGAUCAAAUCAGCUGGAAGGACUUGUUAAUGACUUCAAUCCGAACUGUGAAGGAUAUCCGUAUUUCAAGAAAGACUAUGCGAACAGUCCCAUUACAGAGGAUGUGAUAAUUUCAAUGCCGGGAAAAGUGUAUUCAAAAGAUAGCAAGUACUCUAGACAGCUGACGAGGUUUUCUAAAUAUGGAGUUAUAGAAAAAUUAUUUCCCGCCACACAUGGUUUUACACAACGGGUGGAAAUCAGACAGAAUAAGACGUACCACAUUGUUGUUAACAAUGUGCAAAACCAGAAAGUAGCGUACUUCAUUGCAGCUGAUAAAUCCGAAGAACGGUUAACUACUUAUGAAUACGAUGAAGAAGGACACCUUGUUUUGGAAUUGCCACCUAUGUAUCACAGCGCUACUGGUACAUUGAGUUUUUCGGAUCCAUUUUGGGAAAAAUCGUUGACGCUAAGAGAAGCACGAUUGCAGGAAAGCUGGGGUGUUAAAUAUACCUACAACGACAAAGGUCAAAUAUUAAGCAAACGAAUGCCGGAUUCUGGAACUGAACACUAUAUCUACGAUGACGACGUUAUUAGAUUUCUUGUGCACAAAGACAGAAACAACGCAACCGAUAAAGCUGUAUUUUUCUUGUAUGGAUUGAACGGUCAAAUUGUCAAGGAAGUGUUAGUAAAUAUCACAUCUUUUGACUUUGAUCAGUAUUCUAGCAACGAUACAUUGGCGCCCAAUUCUAAUAACUUUAUCGAAUAUUACCACGGAGAGUAUGAUGAAAAUCCUGAUUUAAGAUACAGAUCACAGCAAUCACUAAGACGAGUUGAUGAUAAGCAUAUAAUGGAGAGUUUGAUGUUUGAUAACGCUAACAAAAUUGUAAAAAAGAUAUACAUCGUUCCAACAAUGAAUACAUCCUACUCAAUCGAUUACGAAUAUCUCAACGACAAACUGACCAUGAUUCGAUACCCGAUUGGUGUGAACGGAAGCGAUUUCAAGGUCAGUUAUGAGUACAACAAUGCUGGAGACAUGAUCUCAAUUGGAACUACAGCAAACCCGGAAAGGUUCAUCAAGCUUCAGUACAACGCAGAUGGGUUGGUUCAACAAAUGCAGUUUGAACCAGGUUCCAGUUAUUCCUACAAGCGUGCAUUCAGCUACAAUGAACCAGGUUAUUUAGAACGCAUUAAUGACGACUUUUUAGAAGAAACGGUGAGCUAUCUGGAAGAUGAUGGAUAUGGCAGUACUUUGUCCAUGAUUUUCGAAGGAUUGAUCUCCAGAACUGCCUUUAAUGCCAAAUGGCAUGAUCGAAGUAAUCCCACGCUAUCGACACUUCAGUUGAACUGUAUAGAACAUCUCAACAAAACAGUUGCCGAGUUUUGCAUUAAGGCUCUACAGUCCAAGGGAUACUAUAACAAGCAUUUGCACCCACUUAAGUCGUUCUAUCCGAAAUUAGAUGACUCGGUAAGCGUGGCCUGCAGAAAUAAACAAUUUCGUGCUGCAUUUCAGGCGAAUGAGUUCCCUUUGUACUAUGGUCAUUCUUACGAUUAUGACAGUCACGAACAGUUGAUAAGAACCAAGUAUUUCCAAUCAUCAACAGAAGCAAAUUGGAAGCCGCUAACAGAGACAAGCUUUUCUUCCAUCAAAGGUGUAGAAGAUCCUAUGUCGAAGGAUAUCUGGAAUAUACUUACGAAGAACGACUUCAUUUCUGCGCGUUGCUUUAACCCUGGAAUGUGUGACGGAGUACCUGGAAAUCAAUCACUGCUCAACACCCGCAUACCAAAUUUCUCGUACGUAACCGCACUUAUACUAAAUGCUAUUUCCAAAAAUGAAACCUUACCAGUGGUUGGUUUUACACGAAGGUGCUUACGAUGGUUUGAAAGUACUGGACUUGAUAAGCAUGAAUUUUGUGAUGAUUUGGAAAAAUACUUGAAAACUAAUUUUAUGAUUGGCGAACAUUCUAACAGUACACUAAACGCAUUAGGACUCAAUUUACGCAGUGUGCUUAACUCCUACACCGAAUACAUUCCACAAAUCGUUCAAGUCCUUCACGAGCAUUUUGCUACACGCCUAGGUGAAUCUCCCGCCGAUGUAUUAUCGUGUAGUUUGGAUGCAAACGGAAACUAUCGUCUGUUCAGACAAGGAUUCGAUCGGUAUUGGUUUGAUCUUACCGAUGGAACCAAUCAAAUACAUACCAUUACGAAAACAGACAUUCAGAAUUCUACGAAUCUUUUCAAGAUGAAACACAACGGUGAAGGAAGCGUCACGGUCGCCGAGCAUAAGAAUAUAACCCGAAUCGAGUAUGACCUCUUGUUGAAUCGUCCAACCUGUAUUGUGAUGAAAGAUGGACGCAUGUUGAAAUUCGAAUACGAUGUACGCGGAGAACGGACAUUUAAACAAGUCAUAGAACGCGACGGCCACGUCAGUAAAGAAAAGUAUUACAUAAGAGAGUUGAAUAGGAACGUGCUGGUAGAUUUGCAACUAACGUAUGUGGCAAAAGGUAAAAUACCAGACGUGCAGGUUACCAGCUAUAUCUACUCCGACAGUGGUCUAGUUGGUUUUGUAAGGAAUGAUGAAUUUUACAGCGUAUUCGCCGAUCAUGAAGGUUCCACGAGGUUGGUAAUUAAAAAUGGCGAAGUGAAAGCUGCUUACGACUAUCUUCCGUUCGGAAUCAUUUUCCGUAAAGCCGAGAAAGAUUUGGAUGGAGCUAUUUCCUAUUUGUAUACCGGACAAGAGUGGGACGAAGAAACUGGCCUGUACAACUAUCACACAAGAUUGUAUGACCCACAAAUUGGACGUUUCUAUCAGGUUGAUCCCAAGAGCCAGUAUGCCAGCCCGUACGUGUAUGCGGGUAAUAGUCCGAUAGGUCUGGUGGAUCCAGAUGGUCAAUUCUUCAUGACGUUGAUUGCCAUAGCAUUGGCGGUUGUUGGUGCAUAUCUUGGAGCAGCUGCGGCAAAUGGAUCAUGGAAUCCUGCCGAAUGGAAUUGGAAAAGUAUCAGCACCUGGUUGGGGAUUAUAACUGGUGCAUUCAUGGGUGCGACACUACCCUCUACUGCAGCGUCAACACUCACGUACCUUACGUCGACCCUUGGAUUAAGUUUGAGAACAUCUGUGAGCAUAAUGGUUGGUAAUGGAAUAGGAUUCACCUAUCUAAGUAUGGCCGCUGCAAACAAUGAUUGGAACCCUGAAAAUUGGGACAAAACAUCGCCAGCCACAUGGAAUGCUUUCUUCGCUGGCGUUUCAACGAGCUUAACGAUCAUUACGAAUCCACAUAAUUUAGCCAGCUCAUAUACUGCAAUCACCUCUACAGUUGGCAAGGGAUUAUUCGUCGGUGGCAAGUUAAUACUAACCACAGGGUUUGCUUAUAUGUUGGGAGUUAUACAGCAGAAUGGAGAAUUUGAUCCCUCGAAGUGGGAUUUCACAAAACCAGGAUUAUACAUGGCAUUGUUCAAUGGUGCUGUGAAGGCCACUGGCACAGUUAACUUUAUAAGCAACUUACCAAAAAAUGUAAAAACAUUGAUCAAGAAGAUCUCAAGCUUCCUAAGCAACAAAGAACUGAGCAAUUCGAUCUUCAAGUUCAAUAAAUAUCUAGGCAAAGGCUGGUUGAAAACACUAUUGAAAACGCCCUACUUUAUUGACGUGAAUUUUGGAAACAAUCAAUUGGCCGGGAAAAAUGUAUUCAACAUUUUCCUCUACACAACGGUUUGUUCUUUGAGGAUAUGUACGAUAGUAGAAAAAGGUAAUGUCCCAGGAUUUGGCGUGCUGCUAGAAGUUAUCGGAAGCAUUAGAAAAAUUGGUUCAGCAUCCAAUCAUUUGGUGAGUGAUUUAAAAUUCGCAUCUAAGGAUGUUGCUAUACAACCCGUAGAAGUUGAUGCAAGAAUACAACGACCAGUACGCAGCGUGGCACACAAUAUUGACGAUUCAGAACACGGUAGCGUAUCAUCCGGAGCACCGAAAAUAUCUCGACCAAUACUAAAUAUUCAUAGCUUCCGACUUUUAAUCAAUGGUUUAUCCUCCCCAACAGAAAAUUUAAAGGAGAUCGACAUCUUCAGAACUCAAACUAGUUCACCAAACAGGAAAACAUUCACAAUCUCCAACUGUUUUAAAUUCAAAUACAUCGAGAACGACGACGCCCAGCAUAUCAAAUGUUUUGGACGUCGCUCCCAGUUUUCCAUCCAUUACACAACUACGAACGAUGCGAUAACGCAGGAUCGCUUUAAAUAUUGUUUUCCCCUCAGCUACAACGGUAUCCCGAGUGUUUCUUGCGAAGGGGAGCAGUCUUCAUUACUGUUUUCCGCCAUCGAAACUCCAAGAUUGUUCGAUUACACCGAUGGAUGGAUUCUGCUGGCUCGCGUUAUGCCGGCUGCAAUAAAAAAUAUCGUGUCCGGCGUGAAAGGGGUUUUUGGCUGGGGUCGAACUUGUUUCCAUUCAAAGCCCAUAUCAGAAGCGGAGAUCAAUUCUUUGAUUACGGAUCUGGACAUACUCGGUGACUUGAUGGAGAUGGACGUGAGUUCGGAAUGGGCGCAGAAAGCUGUCGAUGAGCUGCGAGAAGACAUUGUGGAGUUUUUGCAUGAGCCAGUUAAAAAUUUGCCAGCGUAUAAUAUUUUGAAGGAAAGAGUUGAUGCGGUGCAGUGUGAUGUUUUGGAAGAUAUUGAAAUGUCCAUGAAUAUGAAUCGAAUGAGAGCUUCUCUAGGUGAAGCAAUGAUACAAGAGUGUGGAAUUCGUCUAGCAAGGGAUAUCCAAAGUGUAAUGGAAAGAGCAUUGGAAUGCUCAGACAUUGUCGGGCUUCUGGUAUGAGCGCAAUCAAUAGUAUUUUUAUGUCAUUAUAUUCAAUUCCUUUUUGUACGUAUCUAUUAAAAUAAAUUGAUCCAAUGAAACUAUCUAAAGAAUCGAUAGGUAUUUCCGGCGAUCAAAAAAGUUACACACAACUUCAAUCUAAACCAGCAUCGUACAUUCUCGAGUAAGCACAAAAGAUUAUAUUGGUAUUUUGGUCAAAUAA